ACGGGAAUUCCGCGGCCGCGAUUGGACGGUGGUGCGCUUCACCUUGGCGCUGGCGGGUCACGGAAGUCAAUUUCUUAAGUCUUUUUUUUUGCUGUGUGCAGAUUAGAGCUCCGGGAAACGGGAGCUGCCAGCGAUAAGACUGGCUUGAAACGUUUUGUCUUUGGGGUAGAAACAGGCCAGUGCGUGCGAUCUGUCCUUCAUGCUACCUGUCGUGAUGUGAAGUGCGUGUUCCUUUUUUGGCAAACGCCAGCCAUCCGAGUGCUUCUAGCUAACCAAGUGUUAUUAAAGCUGGAGCAAGGUUUUGUUCUUGAAGCUUUUAAAGCUCCUUUUCUCUUGCGUUGGUGACGACGCCAUGUCCGAUUCUCUUUCAUCGCAAUCGCUCUGGAAGGUUCUCCGAGACGGUUACGCCGUUUCAACGAUGGACAUCAUCCUUGUUCUGGUGGCAACACUGAUACUCUCAGUCCUGCUGUUCAAGAUUAAGUCUAAGGCUACUGACAAGAAGAGAACAUUAGCCCCUGGACCAACGGGCCUUCCGAUCCUCGGAUACAUGCCAUUUCUCGGACCCAGACCCCAUGUUAAAUACAAAAAGCUUUCCGAAGUCUACGGGCCCAUUGUAAGGGUCAAGAUGGGGUCUGUAGACGUGCUGGUGCUGCAUACCGUCCAAUCAAUAAAGGAAGGUCUGAACAAGGACGAGGUGCUGGCUCGUCCGCCGUAUUUUCGUCUAAGAAGCUUAGGAAUGGACGGAAUCGUUACCAUGAACGGGCAACCGUGGCUGGAUAACCGUAGGUUCUGUCUGCACGUGCUCAGGGAUCUUGGAUUCGGGAGAAAGUCCAUGGAAGAACACAUCAAAGAGGAGAUUUUGCAGCUCUGCGAUGUCCUGCGGUCAUGGGACGGCAAGCCGAAAGCGGUUACGGACGUGCUCACGUCAAGCGUCUCGAACAACAUCACGGCGCUCUUGUUUGGAGAGCGCUUUCACUACGAUGACCCCAGGCGCCAUUUUCUGGACACGAAGGCAGUCAAGUUUGCCCUCAACGCAAGCUUUGUGUCGGCCUUGGACUUUCUUCCCUCUGUGCGGAACCUCGUCUCGUACAUUCCAUCGUCAAAAUUUGGAAUCUCUAAGGACGUACUAAAGAGUGUGCACGAUUUCAUCAGUGAGCAGGUGAGAGAGCACUCUAAAACCCUGGAGGCAGUUGUUAACACGGACUUCAUUGGUGCUUACUUGAAAAAAAUCAACGAGAAUAACGGAGGAAAUGCAAGCUUCAAUCCGCAGACAUUGACUGGUAACGCCUUGAACUUUUUCGGAGCCGGCACAAACACUGUGAGGGCGAGCAUGUUGUGGCACCUGCUUAACUGCGCCCGAGACCCCGAGGGUGUCCAGAGGAAGCUUCAGCAAGAAGUGGACAAGGUCGUGGGCCGGGUCAGGGCUCCCGAAUGGGAGGACAGGCACAAGAUGCCCUACACCAUGGCUGCCGUCUGGGAGAUGCUGCGCUGGAGGACAGUAGCGCCGUUGGGUGUCAUCAGAGUAGCCGAACGCGACACCACUAUAGGUGGUUUCCACGUUCCCGCUGGCACCGUAGUACUGCCGAAUAUCUGGGCGGUCCAUAACGAUCCAGACGUUUGGGAACGCCCCAUGGACUUUGAUCCGACCAGAUUCCUAAACGCGGAUCAGACCGAACUACUGCCCAAGCCAGCCGCCAUGCUUUCUUUCACUACAGGACGGCGCAUGUGUCCCGGAGAAACACUGGCCACGAUGGAGUUGUUUAUGUACCUGGCUACUCUGAUGCAAAGGUUCAGGGUGCUGCCCAAGGAGGGAGACACCGUCUCCAUGGAUAUUUUCGACGGUUUCAUCACGCUUCCCCUGCACUCCCAAGAGAUCCGAUUUAUACCGAGAUGAGCGAAGCGAUGACAGUUGAAUUUGGAGAUUGUCAGGUGUAACUGACGUACAUAUUUCUAAAAUAAUAAAAAAAAAAUGUUAA